AUGGCCGGAUUCAAGUUCUCCAGAUUGAUGGUUGCCUUCGUGGCUGUUGCCAGCAUUGUAGCUGGUAACGUUUUUUGCGAUGAUGACGCUGAAGAGUCGAGCCUUGGUCGUAGCAAAGUACUUAAAUUGUGGCAAAAGGGAAUGAACGACAAAGAGAUCAUGGAGGACAUCGAACUUGGAAAGGAACGCGCCCUCCAAAUUAUCCAACGCAUAACUGACUACACUCCCACUGACAAAAUUCUUACACCAUACACCCUCAUGUUCCACCACCUCGAUGACUCAUACGCUGACCUACCCGUCGACAUGCUUGAGGAGCUCGGUAGGUUGAACCCAGGAAGUAUCACAUUGGGCCUGGCCCUGAGACUCGGUAUGCACCUUUCCAGUAAAUUGCUCUCUGAGUUCCACGACGAAAAGCAUGACUCACCAUCAGACAGAUACUUCAGGAACCGUCUCAGGGACACAAUGACGCUUUACGUUGUCGACGCUUUGAAGACCCCAACUUGGAUUGAGUUCUAA